UACAGAAACAGUCCCGCCAUCUACUUCACUGAUAUCGCUAGAAGAAUCUUCGGAUUCAAAAACUGUGGAAAUACUUCAGGACCAGCAAGAGAACAAAGAAGCUCGAUCGCAUAAAAAGAAAGAAGUGGAAAAUAUCGUGCAAGAUGUAUUUGAUUUCACCGUGGAUAAAUCUGAUAAAAAUCACAUGACAAAUUUUUCGCUUACGGCCCAGGACCCUUGGGAGAAGAUAUUCAGAGAAACUUUUGAGAAGGAUGGGAUAGAGAAAGAAAGGGAGAACAAAGCGUCAUCAAAUGUAGUAACUCCAGCUAAGGG